AAUCUUCUUAAUAUAUUAAUAAUUUAAUAUCUGCUACUUUCCUCAAUAAAAAAUAUACCUAAUAUUUAGAUUAAUAAUUCUGGAAAGAGAAAAGCUUUCUAGACAAUAUAACUGAUAAACUAACUAACCAUAUAGUUGACUUAUCAAAUUUAAACUCAAUAAACACAUAUAUCUGCAUCAAACUUAAAAAUAUGUUAUUUUUGUUAGAAGAGUUAAUCAAAAAUAUCCAAAAAGGAAAAUUAUUAUUAUUAUUAUUAUUUUUUGAGGAAACUUUUAUAUAAUAAAUAAUCAACCACUUAUUAAUGAUGCAAAUAUAAAACUAAAAAUAAAUAGACUAUAUUGAUUUGUAUUUUCAAUUACUAUUAAUUUUUAAAUAUAGGAACUAUUAAAAUAAACACAUUAUGUGAAUAAACCAAAUAUUCACAAUUAUAUAAGUAAUAAUGUUAUUUUAUACUUAUUUCGAUAAUACAUAAUAAAUUAAGAUUUAUAUAGUACA